AUGAUCUCGGCUGGUACCGGUGCCGGUAACGUGACGCUGUCUGUCGCGACUGUCGCCAACCUUCCCAACCUUCCCAACUUUCCCAACUUCAACUCUUGGAUUGAUUGCGAGACACAACGGCAUCUGAUCAGCCCCGAUGCACAUUGCCACGAAAUGUGUCUCUACAAUCCCCGUCCCGGUAAUACGCACAAUUUUGUCCUCGGUGGCAUAAAGAGCACAUCACAUGGCUGA